AUGAAGGGAGCUGCAGUUAUCUUGGUUGUGGUUGCGAUGGUUCAUUUCAUGGCCAAGCCAGGAGAGGCAGCGGUGAGUUGUGGGCAAGUGGAGUCAUCUUUGGGUGCAUGCAUGCAAUACCUCAUUUCGGGCAGCAAUGUCACACCAGCUUGUUGCGAAGGUGUCAAGAAUUUGAAGGCAAUCACUCCAACUACCGCGGAUAGACAAGCAGCCUGCAGUUGCCUCAAACAAGCUGCUGCUAAAUUCCCAAAUAUAAACCCAGAUGCAGCCUCUUCUCUUCCUCAAAAAUGUGGUGUUGACACCAGCGUUCCCAUUAACAAAAACACAGACUGUACCAAUAUUAAUUUUAUUGUUCGUUUGGUGAUUUAAUCAGAGGCAUUGUUACUGAAACUAGUGGACUAUGUUCUCGUUACGCUUACAUCAUGUUCUUGAUGUCUAAUAUUGUGACAGCUCUUAUGUCCUGGUAACAUAAUUUUUUCCGUCUUGGCAUUGUAAGUAUGAGAAUGUGAAUGUUCUUCGUGCAAAGAUUGAUCCUGAGAUGUUUCCCAAUAUCCCGUAAGGCCUAUUUGUGACUCUGAAUGGGAAGAAGAGGCUGGUUGAGAUGGAUCUUCUUGGUCAUAAUCGGAUCUAGGGUGAAUAGGGAUGUAAAUCUUUUAAUUUGAAAAAGAUUCAACAAAAGAUAAAUAAAUCCAGUAUUUGUUUUACGUCAAGCAAUACGUGGAGUAACUCCUGA